CCUGCGUGGCCGCCGCGGGAGCGGGGCCGGGAGCGGCGGCGGGGCCGCGUCCUGCGGGCGGAGCGGCCGGCAGCGGCAGCGGCGCGGGCAGCGCGCUGGGCGGGGAGCGGCCGGCAGCAUGUCGGCGGCGGGCGGUGGGCCCUGCGCUCCGGGCGCGGCCGGCCCGGCCUCGGCGGCGGGCGGCGGCGUGUCCAUGUUCCGCUGGCUGGAGGUGCUGGAGAAGGAGUUCGACAAGGCGUUCGUGGACGUGGACCUGCUGCUGGGCGAGAUCGACCCCGACCAGGCCGACAUCACGUACGAGGGGCGGCAGAAGAUGACGAGCCUGAGCUCGUGCUUCGCCCAGCUCUGCCACAAGGCUCAGACCGUGUCCCAGAUCAACCACAAGCUGGAGGCACAGUUGGUUGAUCUGAAGUCUGAACUGACAGAAACACAGGCAGAGAAAGCAGUACUGGAAAAGGAAGUGCAUGAUCAGCUUUUGCAGCUCCACGCUGUUCAACUUCAGCUACAUGCCAAGACUGGUCAGAAUGUUGACUCUGGGGCUAUUAAGGCAAAACUGUCUGUCCUUUCUGUGGAUGAAAUGGAGAGAGAACUUGAAGCUAACAAGAAGGAAAAAGUCAAAGAAGCUCAACUGGAAGCUGAGGUGAAGUUGCUGAGGAAGGAGAAUGAAGCCCUUCGUAGACACAUAGCUGUGCUUCAGGCUGAGGUUUAUGGAGCAAGAUUGGCAGCCAAGUAUUUAGAUAAGGAACUAGCUGGAAGGGUCCAGCAGAUUCAGUUACUGGGCCGGGAUAUGAAAGGACCUGCUCAUGACAAGCUGUGGAACCAGCUGGAAGCAGAAAUACACCUUCACCGCCACAAAACUGUCAUUAGAGCUUGUCGAGGUCGGAAUGAUCUCAAACGACCAAUGCAAGCACCACCAGGACAUGAUCCUGAUGCCUUAAAGAAGAGUCAAGGUGUUGGUCCAAUCAGAAAAGUUCUGCUAGUUAAAGAAGACCAUGAAGGACUAGGAAUUUCAAUCACAGGUGGGAAGGAACAUGGUGUUCCAAUACUGAUCUCCGAAAUCCAUCCUGGGCAGCCUGCUGAUCGAUGUGGAGGUUUGCAUGUUGGUGAUGCUAUUCUGGCAGUAAAUGGAGUUAAUCUAAGAGAUGCCAAGCAUAAAGAAGCUGUAACUAUUCUUUCCCAACAGAGAGGUGAAAUCGAAUUUGAAGUAGUGUAUGUUGCUCCAGAAGUUGAUUCGGAUGAUGAAAACGUGGAAUAUGAGGAUGAGAGUGGACACCGUUAUCGUUUAUAUCUUGAUGAAUUGGAAGAAGGUGCAAAUUCAAGUUCUAAUAGGAAAGAUGCAAAUGUUGAUGUCAAACCCUCACAAGUGUUUGAUAAGAAGCCAAGUAUUGAUGGACAUGAAAAUGGAGACCUGGGGAAUUCAGUUGAAGCUUCUUUAGAAGACACUGCACCCAAAUUAGCCCGUUCUGCUGAGUCUUUCUCCUAAAACU